GCCGAACAUGGCUGACGACGUGCACAAGUACGUGUCCUCCUGCACCGCAUGCCAGAUCAUGAAAUCCUCUCAUCAGCAAGCAGCCGGACUACUACAGCCGUUGGAUCCGCCCGAGCGACCCUGGCAACACAUCACGAUGGACUACGUGACAGUAGUGCCAGCCAGCGUCCCAGCAGAAACGACGCCAUCCUCGUGGUCGUUGACCGACUUCCGAAAAUGGCGCACUUCAUCGCUUGCCAACAGACAAUUACAGCCGAGCAAACUGCUCAACUGUUCAUCGCCAACGUCAUCCGACUGCACGGACUGCCUACCGCAAUUAUUUCAGACCGAGACCCGAAAUUCACAUCGAAUUUCUGGCGCCACCUGUGGGACCAGUCCGGCACCAAACUACAGUUUUCCUCUGCCUACCACCCAUAGACCGACAGGCAGACCGAACGAGUCAACCAAACAAUGGAGCAACUCAUUCGAACUACCUGUACUGACCCACAGACAUGGGAGAAAUCCCUUCCGCUGCUGGAAUUCGCGUACAAUAACGCGCCCUCCGCCACAACCCACCAGUCCCCAUUCUUCCUAAACCACGUACAUGACCCAGUGGUCCC